AAAACGAGUAUUAACUCGUCAACGGUUUCGAACGGUACUACACGACUUCGAGUCCUCUGCAAGCAAAUUUGCAAAAUUUCGCAUUUUGUUGCUGUUACAUUCAUGAAUUAAGCCAAUAAAUAUGCCACAGCAGGGAUUCGGUUGCUUUGUGAAGUGGUUCUAUCUGGUGCUGAUUGUGCAGACCUUAUUAUGUCUUGGCCAACUCGAGUGUCGCCAGCAUCACAAUCGCAACAACAACAACAGCAACCACAACAACAACAACAAUAAUAAUAAUAGACGAGGCGAUUCAAUUAGCUCGGAGGAGAAUCACAGCAAUGCCGAUGAUGGCAUCGAUAAUUUUGCCGAUAACGACAGCAGCAUGGCCGCUGGACAUGGUGGACAUCGACGUGGUGGACGCAGGAAACAACAUGGCAACAACAACAAUCACAAUCGACACAAUCGACACAACAUGGAGGAGAGCAUCUCGUUGUGGAUCAACGAACAACAGCUCAAGACCCUGAGUGCGCUGUACUUUCCACAGGGUUACUCGGAUCGUAUCUAUGCCAUACACAACGGUCGUGUGACGAACGAAAUGCGAGAUACGACCUUUUAUAAUUAUUUGGUAAUUCCGUCGGAGGUGAACUAUGUGAAUUUCACAUGGAAGUCGGGUAAACGCAAGUACUUUUAUGAUUUUGAUCGACUGCAAACGAUGGAUGAGAGCAUUUUAAAGGCGCCAACGUUGUCGAUCAGUAAGAGAGGUCAAAUACCAAAGGAACAGAAAAAUUUUAGCAUAUUCCUGCCCUGCACCGGAAACAGUUCGGGCACCGCCUCAUUCAAUGUCGGCCUCAAGAUCCAGACCAAAAAGGAAAAACCAGUACCUGGAACACCCAUACGUCUCAACUUCAAAAAGGAAUGCGCACAUAGAGGUGUGUAUGAUAUAGACGCUUCCAACCCUACUUCACUAACAACUUUGCAAGCUCCCGAUCCAGAAUGCACAUUAAAAUGUGGCAAGAAUGGUUAUUGCAACGAGCAUCACAUUUGCAAGUGCAACGUCGGCUACACCGGACAAUACUGUGAGACGGCCUUCUGUUUUCCGCAAUGUCUCAACGGAGGCAACUGCACGGAGCCUUCGAAAUGCACCUGUCCCGAUGGCUAUCAAGGCACACAGUGCGAGGGUGGUAUUUGCAAGGAGAAGUGUUUGAACGGCGGCAAAUGCAUUCAAAAGGACAAAUGCCAAUGCUCAAAGGGAUAUUAUGGCCUGCACUGUGAAUACUCCAAGUGCGUGAUACCCUGUAAGAAUGGUGGACGCUGCAUUGGCAACAACAAGUGCCGCUGCCCGAACGGACUGCGCGGUGAUCAUUGCGAAAUUGGACGCAAGCAGCGUUCCACCUGCAAGUGCAGCCAUGGCAGCUGCAUGGGCAACAAGGAGUGCAAAUGCCAUGACGGUUACCAGGGUCGUCACUGUAGACGUCGCAUUCCAAAUCGUGCUCAUUGAGCGCUACGCAUGUAAAAUAAAAACACAAUCUAAACAAAACAAACAACAAAUAGAAAACGCAAUCGCACGUUCUAUUUGUUCAACGCGUCCGUUUUGGGCUCUUCCAUCAACAAUUAUACUAUUUAAAA